UAAGCAGAGAGUGCAUGCUUGUCGACUGCUGCGGUGCUGGAAAACUAUUACAAUUUCUUAUAAAAAAUGGCACGUUUCUUACAUGAAUCUAAUCUGACUAGCGCCAUAAAAGUUAUAAAGGACUAUGAGAAGGAAUCAGAUGCAAAAUUUGCUGUCACAGUCCAGCAAAACUACUGUCAACAGGGAGAGUUUGGAAUGCCACCCCACGAUGCUGAGGAGGUACUGAGACACAAAGUGAUGUUUGAGGAAUUACCUCUGAAUGGCAUUCCUCAUGUCAUGCUAGGUCUCAAGAAAUUCACCUGUCAACAUGGACCUAAACGCAAGUGUGAUAUCAAGAAAUCUAAAAUGUCUGAAGAUAUUGAAGGAGGAAAGAAAUCUGCUAAUAGUAAGAAGUUUGGUUGCACAUCAGUAAUUCUCAUGCACAAUGUGUGGGUUUUCCCCGAAUUCAAGAUUCCCAGUGACACCCUGUGGCAUCGACGAGAGACAUCCAAGAAAAUCAAGAAUCAAUUGGAGCAAAAGGAGUUGAUCGGAGAGCACAGAAUCUAUCUUAAUAUUCCAGAUCCGAAAGCUCACUCUAACCAUCUAUCGGAACAGGCUCUUGAAUGGAAGGACUGGAAGAAAGAUGUCAAGGAGCGAAAGAAGAAAAAGCGUGAAGAGAAAUUGAUUCAACUAGCUGAGCAACAAAUGCAGGAAAAGGAAGAAAUGUUGUCUAACGAAAAGGAGGAAAAUGAGUUGGCGGAAUAUGGCCGACCAUGGACACUGUCUAUUGCUCUUCCUGGAUCCAUACUAGAUAAUGCACAGUCACCAGAGCUUAGAACAUACUUGGCAGGUCAGAUUGCCAGAGCUCUAGUGAUAUUCAACAUUGAUGAGAUAAUCAUCUUUGAUGAGUCCGGUGCUGCUGCUAGAGACAACACAGAUGGAGUCUACAGUGGUAUUGGCAAGAAGGGGAACGCCAAUGUUCAACUGGCAAGGAUCCUACAAUAUCUGGAAUGCCCUCAGUAUUUGAGGAAAAGCUUCUUCCCGAAACAUAAUGACUUACAGUAUGCAGGUUUACUGAACCCCCUGGACUGCCCCCAUCAUGUACGAGCCGAUGAGGAGAUAGCUUACAGAGAGGGUGUGGUGGUAGACAGACCGGUAGCAAAGGGGCGUGGCUCCCAUGUCAAUGUUGGACUCUACAAGGAAGUAGAGAUCGACAAGAAACUACAAGCACAACUAAGAGUCACAGUCAAGAUGAACACAAAGAAAGGAACUCCAACCAAGCAUGCUCCAUGCAAAGUGGUAUCGCCGUCUGCCCCUCGCCUCGAGGCAGGGUUGUACUGGGGCUACUCUGUUAGGUUGGCAUCCAGCUUGGGGGCUGUUUUCACGGGAUGCCCAUUCUCGGACAACGGAUACGAUCUUACCAUCGGUACAUCGGAAAGAGGAACCAAAGCUGACGACGUAGAUCUACCUCACUUCAAACAUGCAUUGAUCAUCUUUGGUGGUGUCCAAGGUCUUGAGUUGAGCUUAGAGAUGGAUGAAGAAUUGCUAGUGUCUGAUCCCGGCGUUUUAUUUGAUCACUACAUUAAUGUAUGCCCAGACCAAGGAAGCAGAACUAUCAGAACAGAGGAGGCUGUACUGAUCACCAUGGCAACACUCAGACCCAAGAUUCUCGGUGCCCAAGAUUGGAACAGAUGACAGACGAGUCCAGUCUAGACUAGACUUUCAUUCCAUCAGUGAUACAAACAACAGGAGAUUUUGACGUUGGCCAGUUCCAAUUGUCCCUCGAGGGUCAGUAGAGUUGGAGCUCAAGACGAUGAUGGUGUCGAUGAUGAUAAUGAUUUCUGGGAUCGAAUGUUUCCAUCACUGAAUGUACAUGUAUUACUGGACAUGAAUUAGAGGUGCCGUGGUAUAGUGGUUCAUUCACUUGACUCUCAACCUAUGAGUUGAGGGUUUGAAUCUCAGUACGGCACUAACGUCCUUUGGCAAGACAUUAAUCCACAUUUGCAACUCUCUACCCAGGUGUAGAUGGGUAGCUGGCAAUCGCUGGGGAGAACAAUAAUUGCAGGACCCUCAGGAAGAACAGCAUUGAAGCUGAUGAGGCUUCCGUGGAUAAACAACGUUUUUAGAAUAGAAGAAAAAAUGACACCUCAAAAU